AUGUGGUCCUGCUCCUCCCUCUCCUCCCCGUCCCGCAUGUCUUCCUUGCCUGAUCAGCGUCAGAUCUGUGCCUCCGACCGACCUUCUUUCAAAUUCUCUGCCAACCUCCGAGUCGACCCUGAGACAGAAGACACAGAAGACACAGAAGACACAACAUCGCAACCAAAUCUUGCAACCUCGUCGGACGCCGUGUUAUUAGACACAAUCACCGGCUCAUCCGCAGCCUCGGGCUUUGAGUAUGCACAGGUAGGCCAUGCCUUCACCGGUCACCAAAGUGCUCCUCCGCUCAAUGGGCCCCCUUUUCAGCCGUUCCAACAGUCCCAAUUCGACAUCUUUGAAUGGUAUCCAAAGUUCCAAUCAUGCCUCCGUUAUUUCUUGGAUCAUGCCCAGUACACCGGGCCCAUUCAGGCUGUGGCAGCCUUUGUCAACAUUCAACUCCCGUUUCAAAAGGCCCACAACCCGGUAUUGUCCUCCAAACACACCGGUCCCAACUCCCCCGCCGGGCCCGGGCCCUCGACCCCGUCCACGGCUCGAGCCGCCGGCAAGAUGCCAAUGAACGCCCAAUUGCCGUCUUCUACGCAUGCAACGCUGACGCCGUACAUUCGGCGCUUGGUGGUGACCGGUUUCGAUUAUCCCGCCGUGUUAUACGGCUUCUUCGGUGACGAUUGGCUCGGCGGCAUCGGCCCAAUGCACGAAGCUGAGCGCCGCAACUACAUGUUUGCCGCCAAGAGCGACACUUGGCUCAAGGUGAAGUCGCACUACGACAUGGAUGGCGAGCAGCAAGUUCCCUUCCUCCGACCUUUAUCUAAUGUCACCGAAAAGGAAAUCCAGAGUGCGGAAACCCAAUGGAGUGAGUGGCUCGCCAUGCAAGAUUGGAUGUUGGGGCCACGGGCACCGGACCAGGACCAGGACCAGGAAGUGAGGAUCAAGCAGGAGGACGACUAG